UUAUUAAAAUAUUAUUUCAAAUUCUUAAAUUACUGAAUCUGAACUGCAAAGUGACUUAUACUUAAAAUUAGUAUAAUAGUGUAUUACCUAUAAAUACUACUUAUUACCACAGUGUCAUAGUUAGUGAGUGUCGUGUGACUGGUCAGUUUUUGAGCUUACUUUAAAAAAAUAACAAAAUAAUUGAACUGAUUAAUACGGAAUUAAAUCAUGUCAUCUCAAGUGGAAAAAACAAAAAAACCAUUCGAUAAAAAAAAAUGGAGAACAAAAAAAUACAGCAAUAAACAAAAAUUUCAAGAUUGGGAUGAGCGUCGCAAAAAGGCUGUAAUUCGUGAUUACUACAAAGAGUUAAACAAAUCUGGUAAUGAGAGACCUUUGGAUACAUUAAAUGAUGAAGAUAACAAUCUAACUAAACAACAAAAAAGGCCAAAUCCGCAUAAAGAAGCACAAGAACGUUACAAUCAAAUCCAAGAGGAAAAGAAAGCUAGGCGCUUUGAAGCAUCGAAAAAAAAAGAAGAAAUCCGACAAGCAUUAGAAGAAUAUAAACAAAAGAAAAAAUUAAAAAAUAAAAAACUUGGCAAAAAAACAAGAAAAGGUCAACCAGUUAUGAAAGAAAGAUUGGAACUAUUAUUAGAGAAAAUACAGGCUAGCGUUAAUACAUAGAUAUUUUUUUACUUUUAUUUAUAAUAUCAAAUAAAAAAUACUUGUAUAAUAUGUAUUGUGAAUUGCUGUAUUUUGUCAACUUUUAAACUGUUUAAGGCAAAUAAAUUGUUGGCAUUUAUUAUUAUUA